AUGGAAAAGCUUCGAAAAAGACAGGGAAAAGAAGGAGGCAAUUGCCAAACCAAAGCCAAGAGGUGCAGCGUGUUGCAGACGCCUGUUUGCUGUCUCUUGAUCAUCGCUCUUUUGAAAGACCUCCUGCGUGCAAUCAGUGUGCAUGGAUUGGGAGCAGUGAAGGGCUGCUUCUCCUACAGGGGAUUGGAAGCCGUAUACGUGCAGCGUUCUCAGGUCAGAAUUUGUUCCACGAUGCUCGGAAGCUCUGCAGAAAAAAGGAAGUGCUGCGCCAAUGCGGGAGAGCUAGAAGAGGCGGAGCAAUGCUUCGUGGAAAUGCGCCGAGACGACUGUCAACCGAAUGCCAAGACCUAUGGCAAGUUGAUGGAAGCCUCAGCCCGUGUGGGCCAAGCUGAGCGCGCCCUGCACUGGUUCCGAGAGCUGCAGGCGAACUUCGCGCCAGACCUGGAUCACUACAACAUGAUGGCCCAAGCCUUCUUCGUUUCCGGAGAUCUCAGCAGCGGAGCUUUCUGGCUCUUCACUGAAGCCCCAAAGCAAGGAUUUCUCCCAGACAUCGUGGGCUACAACCAGUAUUUGGACGCUUUGAGCUCCAAGGGGAUGCUACAGGAAGCCCGAGACUUGAUCUCAAAGGCCAUGGAAGCUCGAGUGACGCCCAACUUGCGGAGCUACAACAGCCUGAUCAACGUGAGCGCCAAAUCUUUGGACCCUGUCGAGUCGGCCCUGAAUGCCUUUGCCGAAUUGGAGGCGAAGAUGCAGCCUGAUGCCAUCAGCUACAACUCUGUGUUGGAUGCUAUGGCUCGUGCCGGGGAUGUCAACGCGGCGGAGGAAUGGUUGCAGAAGAUGUUGCAGGCAUCAGUGCAGCCUGACGUUGUCAGUUGCAGCUGCCUGAUUCGUGCUGCAGCUCCAGAAGCGCGCGGUCAUUGGCUUGAGACAUUGAGGGCACGCAGGGCUGCUCUGGACAUUUGGGCCUACGCAGCCGUCAUUGACGCAUGUGCCCAAGUUGGAGAUAGCAGGGCCGCGGCUCGUUGGCAUUGCCGGGCUGAAGAGGAGCGGCUGCAUCCAAAUGUGGUGACCUAUAAUUCUGUCAUCAACGCCUGCGCGCGGCGGGGAGAUUCGGAUGCUGCCGAACGGUGGCUCAUGCAGAUGAUGCACGAGAGGAUCGAACCAAAGCUGAUCACUUUCAAUUCCGUUCUCAAGGCCUGCAGACAAAGAUCUGAUGUUGUGUCGAGAACCUUCCAAAGUGCCAUAGCUGAAUGUGCGGUUAGGUAUGGCAUCCUGGUCCAUUCAGCCGGAUCUGAUCAGUUUCAAUUCAGCCAUCGCUGCAUGUGUCCACAGCGACAGCGCUGCGCCGGAGAUCGCACGGUGGAUCGGAGAGCUGCGAUCGCAGCAGCUGGCGCCUGA